CCCAACCAUCCCUUGGUUUCCUCCACCCUGACGAGCCUUUAUCCUUCCUCGCAUGAUCUCCUUCAGUUCCCCUUUCCCAUUCCUGAGCUUCCUAAUACUCCCUCCACUCCCUCAACGCUUUCUCCACUGCCACCCUUGGGUCUCCAUUCCUUUCCUCAAACUGUCUUGCAUUCCUGGACUUCCAAAUUUGCCACAGCAAGUUGACGGUCAGAGUAAUACGCUCCCGCCCAUUUUCCUCCUUUGCUGCCCCCUUUAAUUCCUCCCACCAGUGCCAGAACCUGUUUGAAAACAACUCCAGCCCAUCCCAAUUCAGUGGAGCAGCCUUCCAUAUCACCUUGGCGUGGUCACAUAGAAACAAACAGUGUUCUAUAGUCUCUGUGCUCUCCCCACAGCAUUUAUCAUUAAUUUGUAUGAUCUUUUAUUCCGUUAAUUUUGCUAACUUUAUUAUUAAUUAGACUUAAGUGAAACAGGCUUGAGAGUUUAAAGUGCAAAGUGUGUAAAAUUGCGAGGUUAGGAUCCAAAAUUUAAAUUUGGGUUGCAAAGUAGAAAAAAUAGAAGAAGUUUGGAGGUAGGAAGUGGAGUUAAUCCUUAUAUUUAGUGGGCUUUACUUUUCUCUUGAUUUCGUUUUCGUGGCUGCUGAAAACAUUGACAAGCUUUCUCUCACAAAUUUUUAGACAUAUAAAAAAGAAAACACCAUCCUCGUACCGUGGAGGUUUUCUAAAAGAUUACUUUUACGACCAUAACCUAAAAUCCUUAGCCGAUCAAAGACAAAAUUACGAGGAAGUUUCCUGUUAGGUUCAUGAGUAAAGGCUUGUAUCCCAUAUUGAAUCCGAGAGAUGUAGAAAGAGCGGUUAAUAUGUAAGUAAGAACUCAAGACCUAAUAACUUAAGCUUUUGGAUCAGAGUUGGAUUCCUAACUUACAGUGUUGGACUAGAUGUGUCAUGGGUUUGGCAGGGGGUCCGGUUGAUAUUAAACUAAGGAGCUAGGGUUGGCAGGGUCUAGAAUGCAGUUUGAAUAUUGAAAAAAAGUGGAUCCAUGUUUGAGAGAAAAAGUGACCUUGAUGAUAGAAAAAGGUGACUCUUUGAUGAACUCUCUCGAGGUGUUUUUUUCAAACAUUUCCUAGAGUUUUGAGGGUUAUAAAGGCACUAAGAUACUUCACGGGCAACAAAGCAAGAGACUUAAAAUUCUUAUCUUGUUUUUCCACAAACCAAGGCAAUCAUUCUCUUUCCUUACUCAGCAAAAAAAUUGAUCUCCAAAAGUCAGGUACAGUACAACCAGUUACAACUUACAAUGGAGAGGGUACUAUCAUCUCUUCUCCCCAUGCAGGCCCCGACGUAUGGAAAUCUAAUCACAAUCCUUAGCAUAGAUGGAGGUGGCAUUAGAGGACUGAUUCCUGGCGUAAUCCUUGAGUACCUUGAAUCUCAACUUCAGGAGCUGGACGGGGAGGAUGCAAGACUUGCAGAUUACUUUGACGUGAUAGCAGGAACAAGCACAGGUGGCUUAAUAACUUCAAUGUUAGCCGCUCCAGAUGAAAACAAGCGUCCUUUAUUUGCUGCUAAAGACAUCAAGCCCUUUUAUCUUGAAAACGGCCCUAAGAUAUUCCCCCAGAAGUGGGGCAGACUCGCAUCAGUAAGAAGUGCUUUGAAAGCUGUGUUCGGACCCAAGUAUGAUGGCCGGUAUCUUCACCAAGUUGUGAGGGAGAAACUGGGCGAGAUUCGGUUGCAUGAAACCCUGACCAAUAUCGUUGUUCCAACUUUUGAUAUCAAGAAUUUGCAUCCCACAAUUUUCUCAACUUAUGAGGCCAAGGAAAAGAAAUCCAUGGAUGCUCGUCUAUCCGACUUAUGCAUCAGCACAUCUGCAGCUCCAACUUAUCUUCCUGCAUAUUACUUCCAGAAUCACGAUGAGCUCGGAAAUGUUCAAGAGUUCAAUCUUAUCGAUGGUGGUGUUGCCGCAAAUAAUCCGGCUUUGGUUGCCAUAGGCCAAGUAACUAAACAGAUCUUCCGCGGAAAUCCAGAUUUCUUCCCAAUUAAGCCCACGGAUUACGGCCGUUUUCUAGUGAUUUCAAUAGGCACAGGAUCAGCAAAAGUUGAGGAAAGAUACAAUGCAGCAAAGGCUGCCAAAUGGGGUGUUUUCGGGUGGUUAAUUAGCGGUCAUUCCACUCCCUUAGUGGAUGUUUUCACGGAAGCCAGUGCAGAUAUGGUUGAUUUGCACCUUUCUGAAGUCUUCCAAGCUCUUCACUCCGAAGAUAAUUACCUUCGCAUUCAGGAUGAUACAUUGAUCGGGACGGUUUCUUCGGUUGAUAUCGCAACAAAGAAGAAUUUGGACAACUUGGUUAUCACAGGUACCCAACUGCUGAAAAAAUCCGUUUCUCGGGUCAAUCAGCAGACUGGUGCAGUUGAGACAAUAGCAAAUGGCGGUACAAACGAGGAAGCUCUAAAAAGGUUCGCAAGGUUGCUUUCUGAGGAAAGAAGACUACGGGAGCUUAGAUCUCCUUUAACCAGCAAAGCUGAAAAACCUCCACCCCUCACUUAAUCAUGCAAUGCCAAAAACCAUCCAUUUAUUGUUACAUUUAUUUUUUUUACCCAACUUUGUAAUCCAUGUCAUUUCUUCUUCUUCUUCUUCUUCUUUUUUUUUUUUUUUUGUGGUCUCUGUACCUCAAUUUCUUCAUCAUUAAACAAACUCCCCCAGCAUAUUACAUAAAUAAUGUAUCUAAGCAUCUUUUAUUUUGUUCAAGAAUAAAGUGAAGUGUAAAUUUCUGUGGAUGUCAACUUUCAAAUUUCAGCUAUAAGCCAGAUACUAAAUUCCCUCU